AUGAAGCUCCAUCCCGGGCAAGUGUGUUGCGCUGGUAUGCCGAAUUUAAAAGAAGGCGUGUUUCAUUGGCUUAUGAAGAACGUAGUGAUUGAAGACGAAGAAACAGAUGAUAAUGAGGUAUCUGAUGGUGAAUCAACAUUGACAGAUAACGACGCUGUGAAGGAGACUCAGGAGGUUAUACAUAAUAGACCGAAAAGAAAAUUGACGGAUGUAACACCAAUUAGAAAACAGCAAAGAAAAAGUGAAGAUUCUGAUAAAUUAGAUAGAGCUUUUCAGAUACUGUCAAAAGCAUCAGCAAACGCCAAUAACCCAGAAGGACACUACGAAUGUCAGAUAUUUGGAAAUCUUGUGGCUAAAAAAUUGGCUAAAUAUUCGCCUGAAUUGCAGACCAAUACACAACAAGCGAUUAUGAAUAUUUUAUUUAAAGCAGACAGCAUCCAUAUUCGCCAAAAUUCAAGCAAUUGCCAAUCCCCACCACAACGUACUGACACUAUUCACUCAUUUUUUUCGAAUUAUCAGGCUAACCAAGAAUCCUGUUUUAAUCAAGAGCCAUCACAGUUGUCAUCUCCAACAUAUAGUUAUGGUAAUUCAAAUCCCUCGACCUCGAGUGACAAUAAUACUCCUCUUCCUCCUUCUUUGCCACACGAGUUAUUGGAUAUGUCCCACAUUGAACUACAGAGCUUGUAG